AUGCUCUCCCUGGGGACAAAGAACAACACCUAUGACCAGAUCCUGGAGGGACUGAACUUCAACCUGACAGAAACACCUGAGAAUUUCAUCCACGAAUGCUUUCAGCAACUUACAUUUAUCCUCCAACAGCCAGACCACAGAGAGCAGAUGACAAUGAACAGCAGCCUAUUCACUCACCAGAACCUGAAGCUUACAGACACGUUUGUGCAGGAUGUCAAGAGGCUGUACCACUCAAAGGUCGUUAUACCCAAAGAGCCCAAAACCAGAUCAAUGAGCUGUGCACAAGACUGUACUGACCUUCGAAGAGGAAGUGACAAAACCCACAAGGAACACCAGUUGGAGACAAUGUCACCCUAUUUCUAUCGCAACUUCUUCUUGUUAGCCAGUCUAUGCUAUGAGCUCCCUGGCUCCCAGACUAAAGGUUACCAAGAGACAGAUGCCUUAUACCAUGACAACAAGGACCAGGAGCUCCCUCAAUGUCGGAAAAUUACACCCACCAUCACCAACAUCUCCUUGUUCUUGCUUGAGAAGGCAAUCCGUUGGCCCAAACAAACCAACAUUGUGUUCUCCCCAGUGAACAUCAUGGCUGCCUUUGAUAUGCUCUCCCUGGGAGCUCAGGGCAGCACUCACCAUCAAAUCCUGAAGGGGCUGAGGCUCAGUCUCAUAGACAUGACAGAAAGGGAGGUACACAAGUGCUUCCAAUAUUUCCUCCAUACACUCUUCCAGCCAAAUCAGCAGCUCCAGCUGACCAUGGGCAGCAGCCUGUUCAUUGAUAAACCUCUGAAGGUGGCAAACAAGUUCAAAAAUGUGGUAACAGAGUCAUACCACUCGGAAGCCAUUCCCAUAGACUUCAGGGACACUCGAGCAGCCAUGACACAGGUCAAUAAACACGUGGAGGAGCAAAGCUAUGGUCAUAUAGUACAGGUGAUCAAGGAACUGCCGAUAGACACAGUUCUGGCCUUGGUGAACUACAUCUACUUUGAAGGAAUCCAGAACGUUGAAGUUGAUGCUGAUCAUGUUCUGAAAGCUAAGUUCUACCUGGAUUCAGGCAAGGUGGAUGUUGUGACCAUGGUCAACCGCUUGGGCAAAUUUUACCUGCACAAGGAUGAGAGUCUGUCCAGCUGGGUGCUGGUACAGCACUUUGUAGGGAAUGCCAUGGCCAUCUUUAUUCUGCCAGACCUUGGGAAGAUGCAGCAGCUGGUACAGAACCUGAGCCAUGAGUACCUCAAUCGCCUUCAUAGGCAUAUUAACCCAAGGUUUGCCAACUUAUUUUUCCCCAAAUUUACCAUCUCUGCCACCUAUGACCUGAUAACAGUCAUGAGGCAGCUAGGCAUCACCCAGAUCUUCAGCAGCGAGGCUGACCUCUCAAAAGUCACAAUGGAUGGUCCUGUGAAACUGUCCAAGAUUCUCAUCCUAGAUGACUUCAAGCUCAGGUAUUAUACGAAUUUUUCCAGGGAGGCUAAUUCUCUUCACCCCAGAUAA